CCAGCGCAUCAGUUACUUUCUAGUUGAUUUACAGUAAAUCCAAGAAAAAUGAAAACCAUUUUCACGAUUAUCUUCGCUAUUGCACUGGUCUCGGAAGCUAAAGUUGCUCCGUCCAGUACUACCAAUUCUCAGGGAUCUCCUGAAGUUCAAUUGACCGAACUUAUCAAUCAGGCUCAAACGAACAUCAACAAUUUAGCCAAACAAAUUCAGGAACAAUGGAAUAUUCCCGAUCAAGAGACUAUUGUAAAAACUGUCAAGGAACAGAGCACCAACUUCAUUACCAACAUCCAAAGUUACAUGAAAAACAUUACUGAAGAGGUCAAAACUAAGACCCCUGAAUUGGAAAGACUAUGGGACGGCGUUAAGGUCAAGCUUAACAAAGUCGUCGAAGAUAUUAACAGUGGAAUUCCGAACGCUCAGCAACAAGUGAACGAAUUGCAAACUAAAUUCCAAGAAGGAGUUCAAACCGUACUCAAGGAAUCCGACAAAGCCGCUAAAUCUCUGGGCCAACAUUCUGGAAAAAUCCAGGAAGAUCUUGCGAAAUUCACGAAACAGGCUGUUGAUAUUGCCGUAGAAGCUACGCAAAAUCUAAACAAUCAACUUCAGGCCGCCGCAGCUCAGAAAAGCUGAACAGCCAAACUUCCUCAGGCUUGAAAAUGUAUUAACUACAUGGAGAAAGAGAAGAAGUUCAACAAAAUUUUUCAAUAACUAACUCUGUGAAAAAUGUAUUUUCUUAUUUAAUUUCGCUACAAAUAGGUUUACUUUUAUUCAUUCUCAAUUAUUUUGUAUCAUAUUGUAAGUUAAAUACAGGCAAGCUAAUGAGUUAAAUUAAUUAAAAUUUCGUCAUUCUUCUAUUGUACCGUUUUAUCAAUUAAUAUUUUGACGAGUAUAAUAAUAAUAUAUAUAUAUGUAUGAAUGUAAGAAGAACAAAAAUGUAUGUAUCAUUCAACCAACUUUUGAAAGGAUACGACGAUUGAUUGUGACAUAAUGAUUGUGCUUACAAAAGAAAUUGCUUAAUCAUUUGAAAUAAUACAUUGCUUAAUAUCAAA